UAUCUUUCCAGAACUGAACUUGCUUAAACUUCAAUCUCAAAAUAUAUCCUCUUUAUUUGUUUUUCAGUCUUCGAUAAAGUUCUUGAUUUUCUACAAGCUCAAGGAAAUGGAUCUAAAUCCUUUUGAGUCCAUUUUCAGAAAUGAUAUAGUUGAAUUUAAAAGAAUAGCUCAGCAGGAUAAAAGAGUUCUUGAACGAAGAUUACCCAUCAAUUCGGACUCGGUGUUACACUUGGCUUCCAGAGUAGGCCAUAUAGAAUUGGUUGCGACAAUUGUUAAGCUGUGCCCAGAUUUGGUUGCAGCGGUGAAUAAAAAUCAGGAGACUCCAUUGCAUGCAGCUUGUCGUCUUGGGAACUUCGAGGUCGUAACAAAGCUACUACUAGAAAUUGAUCCACUAGUGGCUGCGAAGCGAAACGUAGAAAAGCAGAGUGCCUUUUCACUUGCCUGUGAAGAAGGGCAUCUUGAUAUAGUGAAACUCAUGUUGAACCUCUCCUGUUUGAUGGAACAUGAAGAGGAUGCAGUAUAUGCAACUCCUCUGCAUGUAGCGAUCUCAAGUGGCCACAAUGAUAUUGUAAACGAGAUAUCACAAGCACGGCCUAAUUUUGCUCGAAAAACCGACAAGAACGGAUUUUCUCCUUUGCACUGUGCAUCUAGCAGAGGACAGCUUCGUAUAACUAAAAUGUUAUUGAGUGCUGAUCCAGACCUUGCUUUGCAGUACAAUAACGAUGGGUUUACAGCAUUGCACUUGGUCGUGAUUAAUGGUUAUGUAAGAAUCCUUGAACAAUUCAUUUCUGCCUCUCCCAGUUCGCUUCAUUGUCUCACAAAGAAGGGAGAAACAAUUUUUCAUCUUGCUGUAAGAUUCAAUAGAUAUAAUUCAAUCAUUCGUUUAGCAGAGGUUUCUGAUAUAUCUCACCUUCUACACCAACAAGACCAAGCUGGUAACACCAUACUUCAUCUAGCAGUUUCUACAGGAAACCUUCAGGCAUCAUUCUUUCACUUGUUGAUUUUAUCACAGGCACACAGAUUUUGUGGGAACAUAAAAACACAACAUAAAAGAAGACUUGUGCUUUUUUGGUAUCAUUCUAUACUUGAAUUGUUGAGUAAUAUCAAUUCUUUGAAACUCACUUUCAGUUACAUGGAAUUGCCAUCUGAUAAGCUAGAGCUAGAAAAAUACUUCUCUCGGAGCAUGGAAUUGCCCAUGACAGAUACUGAAAAAGCUAAUCCAGAAGAAAUUCAGACAGUUGAAGACCCCAAAGCUGUACUUGAGGAAAAAAUCACAAGUCUUCUUCAGUUUAGGAGUAAGCAUAAAUCAAGGGGGAAGCGAAACCCAAUAACCAGUUUGCUUAACCAAGAAGAUGAUCCAUCUUAUCCAGAAUGCCUGAUGGAAAGAAUGGAUUUACCAACCAAUUUGCUUAAGCACAAGCAUCUCAGUAAGUCUCUAGGACGCUCGCCUGCACUAACUGCGGAAGUCACCUCAACAAAUGGUUUGCACAAGCUUCAAUCCAAAGAGAAAGUUGAGACUGAAGAUGACAGUUCAUCUGAACCCGAAUCCUUGAAGGAAGCCAAAAAUACGCCGAACAAUCUACAGCAACAGAAGCAUCUCAGUGAAAAACACAGGAAUGAACUGGCUAACCUUUUCACAAGUCAUCGUUAUAAGCGAUACGAAGUACAUAGGGAAGCAUUUCAAAAUGCUAGGAACACAAUUAUACUGGUUGCUAUUUUGAUUGCCACAGUCACAUUUACUGCUGGCAUAAGCCCACCUGGAGGUGUGUACCAAGCAGAAGCAGGACCACUGAAAGGAAAAUCAACCGUGGGAAGAACAGUUGCUUUUAAGAUAUUUGCAAUAAGCAACAGUUUUGCAUUAUUUACAUCUCUGUCUAUUGUCAUUGUUUUAGUUAGCAUUAUCCCUUUCCAACGAAAGCAACUGAUGAAGCUAUUGGCCAUAACUCACAAAUUAAUGUGGGUUGCAGUAUCAUUCAUGGUAGUAGCUUUUGUUGCAUCCAUCUAUGUGAUUUUGCCACAAGGUCAUGGGACAGGAUGGUUGCUUGGGGCAAUUCUAGCUAUCAGUUCCGGAACAUUUGGAAUUGUGUGCUUUUAUCUAGGAGUUCUCAUAACCAAACACUGGUUGAGAAAGUUGAGACUAAUAGAAGCCAUUGAAAGAAAUGAUAUAGUUGGAAUUAGAAGGUUAGCUGAACAAGGUAUAGAGGUUUUUGACAGAAGUUCAGAUACUUUGACCACAGUAUUGCACCUGGCAUCAAGAUUUGGGCAGACAGAAGUGGUUAGAGAAUUAGUUAAGUUGUGUCCUCACUUAGUUGGAGCCAAGAAUGUUAGAGGUGAGACGCCAUAUCAUGAAGCCUGUCGAAAAGGAAAUGCUGAUAUAAUUUUGCUGCUGUUAGAGACCAAUCCAUGGGCGGCUUCUACACUUAACAAUAUGAACAAGAGCCCACUUUCCAUAGCUUGUAGUUUGGGGCAUAUUGAUAUUGUUAAGCUCCUUCUGAAUCAACAAUGGCUGGACACCGAAGAUGGGAUAGACUCAACUUGUCUCCACGAGGCAGUAUCAGCAGGAAACAUAAAGAUUGUGAAGGCAAUAUUAGAAAGGAGGCCAAAUUUUUCUUUGAUGACUGACAAGGACGGGUGUGUGCCAUUGCACUAUGCCUGUCAAAAGAGUCUUCUGGAGAUUGCAAGAAUUCUUUUGGAGUAUGUUCCUGAUAGUGCCAAGGUGUUCAACAAAAAUGGCUACACACCUGUUCACUUGGCAGUAAUAAAAGGUGACGAUGCUAUCCUUGUUGAGUUUAUUUCAAAUGCUCCAGCAGCAUUUGAGUAUCUCGCGAAAAACAAGCAAACAGUGUUUCAUCUUGCUGUUAAAUUUGGUAAAUAUAAUGCCUUCAUUAGCAUGGGAAGGAUUUCCACAAACACUCAUCUUCUCCACCAGCCAGAUCAACAUGGUAAUACAGUUUUACAUCUUGCUGUUUCUGCAAACAAUAAUUACAAUCUAAUUGAUUACAUAAUCAAUGUAGCAAAAGUUGAUGUCAAUCUUGAAAACCAUCAAGGAUAUACUGCGCUUGACCUUGUCAACCGGACUAGAGUCACUGAUAACACCAACCUCAUCAGAGAAAUGUUGAUCAAAGCUAGUGACGUGAAGACUAAUGGAAUGCCAUCACUUUUAUCUGAAGAGGUUAACACAAAUCAGAACACUGUGAUCAACUCAACUCAAGUAAGCUUUGAUCCCAUGCUACUUGAAGUUCAAACUUCAAUUAAUCAGAAUGUGACGUUCCAGCUCAGAGAUGCAUCUGAGCAGUAUUUAAUUACUCGAAAUGUUAUCAACAACGAGCCAAACAAAACCCAGCCUGUAAAUCAAGUUAUUGAGAAAUCUGAUAUCGAGGAUGGUACAUCAGAAAUAGAAACCUCAGCAAGAAUUGAAUUGCAAGAACGAUACAAGCAUCAAAGCAAGAGGCGAAUGAAAGAACUAAGGGAGUUGCACAGAAAUCACCGCAAUAAACAGUAUAAAGCACAUAGAGAAGCACUAUUAAAUGCGCGAAACACAAUAAUAGUAGUAGCCAUUUUGAUUGCAUCAGUUACUUUUACUGUUGGUUUAAACCCACCUGGAGGUGUCAAUCAAGAAGGAAUUGAUAAAGGGCAAUCAACAGUUGGUGGAAAAACAGCUUUCAAGAUUUUUGCUGUAUGUAACAGCAUUGCAUUGUUUACAGCUUUGUGCAUUGUAAUAGUUCUAGUUAGCAUCAUACCAUUUGAGAGGAAAAAAUUAAUGAAGCUAAUGGUAGUUAUUCACAAGGUUAUGUGGGUAGCUAUGUCUUUCAUGGCAACAGCUUUUGUUGCGGCUUCAUGGGUACUACUGCCACAAGAUGGAAAAAGAGGAUGGGUGCUUGACAUUCUGCUGGCUAUAAGUGCAGGGAGUAUGGCAACUGUUUUUAUCUUUUUGGGAUUUAAGUUGGCUCGACAUUGGUUAAGGAAACUCAAAUGGAAGAAAGAAAAACGCAAAAUGAAAAAUAAUAUGUUAGCUGUCAAUAUUGGAAAAGAUGCACUUGUUGAAGGAGGAAUUCAGUUUGAAGCAGAGAAAUUCAGCAAUGAAGAUGGUGUUCAAUUUGAAUCCUCCAAUUCUGAUGUUGAAAGUUCCAUUUCUAUUGGGUAUCACCCAUACUAAAAAUCUAGAACCAUACUUGGCACAAUUAACUCAUCUUUGUAUUAAUAUUCAAAUAAAAAAAAUUAUGUUCCAGGUAA